AUGGCACCGCAGCAGGAUAUCCCGAUUGCUGCUAACAUCCUCGGCACUAUCGGUACGAUUUUGUGGUGCGUGCAAACAAUACCUCAGAUAUGGACGAAUUGGCGAACGAAGAAGACCGAUGGCCUCCCUGGCUCUAUGAUGUAUCUAUGGGCUUUAUGUGGCGUGCCCUUCGGAGCUUAUAACAUUGCACAGAGGUUUAAUUACCCCUUGCAGGUACAGCCGCAAGCUUUCAUGGCGCUUUGCCUCGUGAUCUGGUGCCAGAUAUUGCUAUACAAUAGCAAAUGGUCUAUGUGGAAGGUGGUUCUUAUAGGUCUGGCUAAUGCUGCGGCUUUUGCCGGUGUGCAAGCGGCCUUAAUUAUCACACUACGGCCACUAUACGACGCUGGUAAUAGCACUGGGGUCUUGGUAGUUGGUAUAAUCGCGAACAUUCUCUUAGCAGUUGGCUUAUUACCGCCGUACGGAGAACUGUGGAAGCGGAGAGGAAGAGUCAUCGGGAUCAACUUCGUCUUUCUGUCCAUGGACUGGCUAGGUGCAUUUUUCUCUCUUAUGUCACUUGCUGCCCAGAAUAGUUUUGAUAUCUUGGGUGGUGUGUUGUAUAUCGUAUGCAUCCUUCUUGAAUCCGGCAUAUUCCUUUCUCAUUUGAUUUGGCUCUUCCGCACUAGGAAACUGAGGAAAGACGCGGCAUCGAGGGGGAAGACAUUCGACGAUAUCGCGGCAGAGCAUGAGCAGCAAGGCAUACCAUUCAAAUUCGCCGAGCGAAAAAUCCUCGAGAAAAAUGAUGUAGAAACGGGCAAUGCUAGACAUGGUGAAGAUCCUGCUGAUCAGACGCUGCAACACCCAAUCACAACAACCAUGCAGGACGGCAGCUCCGUAGGCGCUCAGCAAAAUUUGAAUUCGGAGUUAGAAAGAGAGACAGGUGAGAAAGUGGGAUAACCCGUGUUUUUAUAGCUAAAGCAGAACCAUAGUAGUGUGAUAUCUUAGUCUAAAGUCAACGCAAAAGUCGUGCCUCAUUAUUAUCAUCCUCCAGUAUUAUUAGUCAACCACCUCACCAAACCACCUCCACGCAUACCGACUACCAGAAACCGUGAUCAUGAACUAACUCAGUGUCGUCAGACGAUGAGAGUUUACUCGACAGAAGGUCCCUUCCCCUGAGCAUUCAGAUCUCCACCCUUACCACCGUACUCGGCGGGAAGCUUCUCGCCAAGCGCGGGAACUUUGCUACCGGCGAA